CUAUGAAGAGGACGACAAGAUGCUUCCACGCUGCGAACCAGCCCAGCCAACCUGCUCCGGUGCGUUUCCCUCAACAUCAACAUCGAAACAAGCAGCCGUCGAGACUGGGUAGAUAAACCAUUUUCCUCCUGCUCCUGCUUCAUUUCCUAUCAUCCAGUAUUGCCGCUUCCUUUUUGGGGAGACACCUACUUCCAAGAAUAUGGAAAGCGCGGGAAGAAUGGAGACGAGAGAUCUCCAAAUCGUUGCGAUAUGCGAACCCUGCUUUCGCCUAUUAGUACAGCCUCGAACAGUUAUCAUUACCGCUUGAUGACCUACUUGAUCCUAUAUCACCUUUUAAGACAGGAGAAAAAUGAAGCCUCAGUUUCUAUCCUUGCUCGCUCGGUGCUGCUUUAUCGCCGGUAUCGCCCUCCAAGGCUCUCACGCAUGUCGGUUUCGGCGCCCCAAGUAUCCCUCUAAACCAGUGCAACCUGUACAACCCGAGUGCGAUUGUUAUGUCGUGUCAGGACCGGAACCAGGGUACUUUCAGAAUUACCAAUUCUGGGAUUUUCGGGCCGUGUCAUUCGAUCAGAAACUGGCAAACGAGGAGUCCGGGCUGCUCCCAGCAAGAGCUGACCAAGGUGACGAUGCCAUUGGCGGAUCAGCGGACGGCUUCAAGGGGAAAACGAUUCUUCUGUCCGAGACUCCAUUCGCAGAAGAUUGGAAGAUCCAGAAAUGGAAAAGGAACCCCUCCGACUUGGCCCCCGUGCAUAUGGUGCACUCAAACGACAAUGUCUUCAUUGCCCGAAACCCCAGCCCCGGUCGUGAUAACCCCAACUCAACCUAUCUCGUCUUGCGCACUACUCGGUUUGAGAACUUUACCUCCACUGCAGAGAUAGAGAGUCGGCUGCAAAACGUGUUCCGAGCCAGUAUCCGAGUCCAUUUCAAGAUCCUGUCUGAUGAUGAGCCGUCAAGCAUUCUCCCUUCCGAAAGGGGGAAUGUACUUACCGCCACAAGUCAAAGAAACAUCCGUCCAUCAUCUAAUCAAGCAGUGCCAAAGGCCUCGUCACCGCCGGGCGGCGUGUGUGCCGGUAUCUUCACAUAUCAUUCCUCCAAAUGUGAAUCCGACAUCGAGAUCCUGACGUCCGAUCCACAUAGUCGCGUUCAUUAUGCAAACCAGCCAGACUAUGACCCCGUCACAGACACGAUGAUCCCUGGCGCCAGUACUAUCAUGGAUGUUCCCGUGCCAUGGACUUCGUGGGCGACUCAUCGACUCGACUGGACGCAGACGACCUCCCGCUGGUUCGUUGACGAGCAGCUUCAAGACACCAAGACGUACCGUGUCCCCGAGAAGCCGAGCAUGGUGGUACUGAAUCUGUGGAGUGACGGAGGCAGCUGGUCGGGGGAUAUGGUCCACGGAACAAGCGUGCACAUGGCCAUCGAAUGGAUCGAACUUGCAUAUAACGUAUCUACUCAGAAAGACCAUAUCCCGGACGAUCGGCAAACCUUGCCGCCGAAACACGCGGGAAGAGGAUCUAUCUUCCACGCCGUGGGUUUAAGGCGCGAUGGACAAGAAGAGAGUCCAGCAGAGAACAGCAGCGUGGCAAAGGGGAAAAUGUGUCGCAAUCCAUGUAAGAUUGAUGGUUUAGGGAAGAGAGGGGGUCCUCGGGGUGCGGCGUUCAAGUCAUAGCCUUGUCCAGUGGGCUACAUGUUGAAAGCUGAGCGGCGAGAUAGAGAAAGAGAGAGUACGUAUCUUUAAUGAGUGUAGCAAUAAAUACGCUGAAAUUUGCGUAGUACACUGGGGGCCUUUCCAUCUCCUUUCUUUUUGUCGUCUUUUCUUCUCGUCGUCCUCUUCUGUCCAUGGGAAUGCAAGAUCCAGGAAAACUCCGUAAACUGCUCAGGAGCAUAGGCUUCAACUGAGACGGGUAUCAAUGACAACACAACAGACAACACGACGGCAGACAGCCAAGCGCAGAUAAAAAAGAGAAAGAAAGAAAAAAACCUGUGCACCGUCCCCAUGCAGAAAAAUCAUAUCAUAGACGUUUCACCCUCGC